AUGACGACGAGCCAAGUUGCCCCUCAGCCUCUCCGCAUUGGGGUGCUGCUGGUCAACUGCGUGCAGUUGUUGGACCUGGCAGCCUUGGAUCUGCUGUUCAUGACGAGUCCCGAAUGGCUCGCGGAUAUCAACAUGCCUCAGGAGAUUCUGGACAUGGGCCGUCCCUGUAAGAUCUACUAUAUCACGCGCGAGGGACCCAAUACGCAUGCGCCGGUUACCUGCCAACUCUCCAUCCAAGUCACCCACUCCCUCGAAGACGCGGCCGUCGCUCCCGGUGCGCUGGAUAUCCUCUUCGUGCCUGGUCCUCCUCCGCGCGUCAUGCCGCCCGCCGAGGAGUACUUGGAGUAUACUCGCCAGCACAAUUCGGCUGGGACCACGAUCAUGACCGUGUGCACGGGGGCUCUGGUCGCCGCACAUGCCGGUAUCACCAAGGGCCGUGUCGCCACGGCGCCUCGGUUCCUAAUUGAGAAUGUGAAAAAGGCGUUUCCGGAAGCCAAGGUCUGGGAUGAGACGUUGCGAGUGACUCGCGAUGGGAAUCUCUGGAUGUCUGGUGGUGUCACUAAUGGCCAUGAUCUGGUGGCCGAAUACAUUCGUAUGCACUAUCCGGAGCCGGUGGUUAAUGUCGUACUUGGCACUGCAGAUGUGGCGCCGCGUGCUCUCAAGUACGAUGCAUGA